UCUCUGUCUCUGUCUCUCUCUCUCUCUCUCUCUCUCUGUGUGUUCUGCCGCUCCACCAGCAGAACGGGUUCUCCAGGAAGAGGAACAGCUGUUGACAUGUUCAGUAAGACCUCAUUAACAUAAAAACAUGUAUAGUUUAUACAUUUAAGGAACUGAUUUAAUUUCCCGGAUGUAUUCAUAGAUGAAGACAAAAUACUUCGCAUCGGGCCCAGGGGCGGGUGAGGCGCGCUAAACCGGAGAGCAGCAUGGCGGCCGACGGAGACAGCGCGAGCGGAGCAGCGGACGCGAGCGGCGGCGGCCCGGGGCCCUCGGGCCCGGCGGAGGAGGCGGACGGGCUCGGCCUCGGCGCGGUGCUGCUGAACGCCGGGCUGCUGGUGCUGCUGGCGGCGGCCUGCGUGGCGGCGUACCGGCGGUGGGGCGUGCGGCUCGCGGCCGCCGCGGCCCAGGGCGACGAGGCCUCGGCGCUGCCCAAGAUGAGGAGACGGGACUUCUCCCUGCAGCAGCUGCGGGGCUACGACGGGCUGCGGGACCCGCGCAUCCUCAUGGCCGUCAACAUGAAGGUGUUCGACGUCACCAGCGGAAGGAAGUUCUACGGGAAAGACGGUCCUUACGGCAUCUUCGCGGGCCGGGAUGCUUCUCGAGGCCUGGCCACCUUCUGCCUGGAGAAGGACGCCCUGAGGGACGAGUACGACGACCUGUCGGACCUCAACGCCGUGCAGAUGGAGAGCGUGAGGGAGUGGGAGAUGCAGUUCAUGGGUAGGAGGAGCCGAGUCACAUAGUCUGUUUAAUGUUACAUAUUCAUCUUGUAAUGUGUUCAUAUGAACCACCACGCUGUCUUUAGUCUGUUUAAUGUUACAUAUUCAUCUUGUAAUGUGUUCAUAUGAACCACCACGCUGUCUUUAGUCUGUUUAAUGUUACAUAUUCAUCUUGUAAUGUGUUCAUAUGAACCACCACGCUGUCUUUAGUCUGUUUAAUGUUACAUAUUCAUCUUGUAAUGUGUUCAUAUGAACCACCACGCUGUCUUUAGUCUGUUUAAUGUUACAUAUUCAUCUUGUAAUGUGUUCAUAUGAACCACCACGCUGUCUUUAGUCUGUUUAAUGUUACAUAUUCAUCUUGUAAUGUGUUCAUAUGAACCACCACGCUGUCUUUAGUCUGUUUAAUGUUACAUAUUCAUCUUGUAAUGUGUUCAUAUGAACCACCACGCUGUCUUUAGUCUGUUUAAUGUUACAUAUUCAUCUUGUAAUGUGUUCAUAUGAACCACCACGCUGUCUUUAGUCUGUUUAAUGUUACAUAUUCAUCUUGUAAUGUGUUCAUAUGAACCACCACGCUGUCUUUAGUCUGUUUAAUGUUACAUAUUCAUCUUGUAAUGUGUUCAUAUGAACCACCACGCUGUCUUUAGUCUGUUUAAUGUUACAUAUUCAUCUUUUAAUGUUACAAUGUGUUCAUAUGAACCAUCUUUAGUCUGUUUAACGUUACAUAUUCAUCUUUUAAUGUUACAAUGUGUUCAUAUGAACCAUCUUUAGUCUGUUUAACGUUACAUAUUCAUCUUGUAAUGUUACAAUGUGUUCAUAUGAACCAUCUUUAGUCUGUUUAAUGUUACAUAUUCAUCUUUGAAUGUGUUCAUAUGAACCACCACGCUGUCUUUAGUCUGUUUAAUGUUACAUAUUCAUCUUUGAAUGUGUUCAUAUGAACCACCACGCUGUCUUUAGUCUGUUUAAUGUUACAUAUUCAUCUUGUAAUGUGUUCAUAUGAACCACCACGCUGUCUUUAGUCUGUUUAAUGUUACAUAUUCAUCUUUGAAUGUGUUCAUAUGAACCACCACGCUGUCUUUAGUCUGUUUAAUGUUACAUAUUCAUCUUUGAAUGUGUUCAUAUGAACCACCACGCUGUCUUUAGUCUGUUUCACGUUACAUAUUAAUCUUUUAAUGUUACAAUGUGUUCAUAUGAACCAUCUUUAGUCUGUUUCACGUUACAUAUUAAUCUUUUAAUGUUACAAUGUGUUCAUAUGAACCAUCUUUAGUCUGUUUAACGUUACAUAUUCAUCUUUUAAUGUUACAAUGUGUUCAUAUGAACCACCACGCUGUCUUUAGUCUGUUUCACGUUGCCGUGCCAACGUGUGAGUUUAAGACGAGGACUUUAAAGCUCAGAGGAUCUUUAUAAGAUUAAAUGCUCAGGGAGUUCAGGACCAGGUUCACUCUUCUGGUUAUGUUUUUAUUUUCACUGCUAAAUUAAUGAAUGCAUCAAUCACACAUUUUACUUUAAACUUUAC